AUGUUACUGGAUGCUGGUCACCAGUUCCCCGGACUGGGAGUGGGCUCAUUUGCCAGGCAUCACUCAGCCAGCGAGAUGCAAGAGAGAGACUUGAGUUUGGCACAAAAUAGCUUCGUAGACUCGGCACACAUGGGCGCGUUUAAGCUGAACCAUGAUCUCUCCCCGGGACAGAGCUCUGCCUUCACCACCCAGGCGCCAGGCUACCCCGCUGCGGCUCUGGGGGCUCACGCCGCCCAUGUCACAUCGUAUGCAAGCUCCCCUUUCAACUCCACCAGGGACUUUCUCUUUCGCAGCCGUGGCUUCGGAGAAUCCUCUCCGGCGAGCAGCCAACACACUAUUUUUGGCCCCACGGCAGGAUCCCUCCAUCACUCCCACACAGACUCUCAAGGCCACAUUCUGUUCCCCGGGAUCCACGAGCAGCAUGGCUCCCACGGCUCCCCGAAUGUCCUUAACGGGCAGAUGAGGCUCGGACUACCCGGAGAAGUUUUCGGACGCUCCGAGCAGUACCACCAGGUCUCCAGCCCGAGGACCGACCCGUACUCGGCCGCGCAGCUCCACAACCAGUACGGCUCCAUGAAUAUGAACAUGGGGAUGAACAUGGCAGCCCACCACCACCCCGGUGCCUUUUUCCGCUACAUGAGGCAGCAGUGCAUCAAGCAGGAGCUCAUCUGCAAGUGGAUCGACCCUGAGCAGCUCAGCAACCCGAAGAAGUGCUGCAACAAAACUUUUAGCACCAUGCACGAGUUGGUCACGCACGUCUCCGUGGAGCAUGUCGGCGGACCGGAGCAGACGAACCACGUCUGCUUCUGGGAGGAUUGCCCCCGGGAGAGCAAACCGUUCAAGGCGAAAUACAAACUGGUUAACCACAUUCGAGUGCACACCGGGGAGAAGCCAUUCCCAUGCCCCUUCCCCGGCUGUGGAAAGGUCUUCGCACGCUCGGAAAACUUGAAGAUCCACAAGAGAACACACACAGGAGAGAAGCCGUUCCAGUGUGAGUUUGAGGGCUGUGACAGAAGGUUUGCAAACAGCAGCGACCGAAAGAAACACAUGCACGUUCACACGUCGGACAAGCCUUAUCUCUGCAAGAUGUGUGACAAGUCCUACACACACCCCAGCUCCCUCAGAAAACACAUGAAGGUCCACGAAGCGUCCCCACCUCCAUCAGACUCAUCACCAGCAGCCAGCUCUGGGUAUGAAUCCUCCACGCCUCCAGGCCUUGUGUCUCCCACCACCGAGACCCAGAGCAACACCACCAUGUCCCCAGCCUCCGCCGUCCACAACUCCACCAGUCACAGUGGCCUAUCCUCCAAUUUCAGUGAAUGGUAUGUUUAGGACUAAGGGCGAAAUGAGGCGACACACACACACACUCGCUUUUCACAGCACUGGAACCUCCAGCAGGAGAUUUU